ACUUGGCCGAAAAAUUUGAUGUGCCCGUUCCUGAUGAAGAUAUCGACAAUUAUGAUAAAUUUUUAGAUACGCUUACUACUUUACAAACAGCGUUUGAGGAUAUAAACAAUGAACAAGACAAACUCAUUGGAGAGUUCGUCAAAAAAAUUGAUAUUCACAUAAAAGACAUGAUUCAAGAUGUAGAACAAAUAAAUACCGAGGCUAAUGAAUUGUGGUUAACUGAUAUUAGUAGUAAUAAAGAAGAAGUAAAAUUGGCCUUAUCCAAACUUAAUAACCGAUUAGCAGAACGCCAAGAAGAAUCGAUUUUGUAUGAGUCUUAUCAGUGUUUCUUUCAAGUGGAAAUGACCAAAUUUGAUAUACUAAGUAAUGCAAGUGAAGCUGUAACACUCAGAAUUUUGCUAUGGGAUAGCUUAGAUGAAUGGGAAAAAAAGAUGUCUAUUUGGGAAGAAGAUAAUUUUCAUAAUCUAGAAGUAGAACAAAUGAACACGUUCUUAGCACUAAAUUUAAAAUAUGUAAUGCAAUUCAAAAAAAUUAUUCCUGUAUGUAAACUCGUUGAUCUUAUUGACAAAAAAGUGCAGUUAUUCAAAGAAAAAAUGUCGAUAAUAACUAUGUUAAGAAAUCCAAAUCUUAAGAACCAUCAUUGGAUAAAAAUCGAGCAUAUACUUGGGACAACAUUUCCAACUAAUCAAUCUCUUACUCUUAUUAUGCUCGAAAAGUUAGGUGCUUUCAAAUACGGUUCUGAAAUAAUAGAUGUUUCAAUUCAGGCCAGUUCUGAAGCUACUUUAGAAGCAAUGUUGAAGAAAGUUGAAGAUUCUUGGAAAAUUGUAAAUUUGAUUGUACUUCCCUACAAAAAUACUAAUGAUAUUUUCAUACUAGGUUCAUUAGAAGAAGUUCAAGUAACAUUGGAAGAAGCAAAUAUAAACUUAAAUACUCUCAUUUCAUCAAAAAACACAUUGAUGAUUAAAUCAAAAGUUGAAGACUGGAUAAAUUCUAUGGCCAUUAUGAAUGAUGUUAUAAUAGAAUGGAAUUUGUGCCAAAAUAAUUGGAUUUAUUUAGAAUCGAUAUUUGCUGCUCCGGAUAUACAAAGACAACUUCCAAAUGAAGCUAAAUUAUUUAAUCAAGUAAAUAAUUCAUGGAAGAGUAUAAUGCAAAAGGUUGUAAAAAAUCCUUUAGCAAUAAACAUAUGCACUGAAACCGACCUAUUGAAAACUCUUAUAAAAAAUAAUCAACAAUUAGAACAAAUAUUGUUAUAUUUAGAAGCUUAUUUAGAAUCAAAAAGAGUUGUGUUCCCGCGAUUUAAUUUCUUGGCGAACGUUGAACUAUUAGAAAUAAUCGCUCAAGCUCGAAAUCCAAGAGCCGUACAACCGUACAUGAACAAAUGUUUUGAAGCUAUUUGGCGAAUUCAAUUUAAAAACGAAGACUGCGAAGGAAAGCAGUUACAGUCAGUGGUUGAAGAAAAAAAUAAUACAGAUGUUAUCGCCAUGAUAUCUCCAGAAAGAGAAAUCGUCCAAUUCGUAUCACCGAUUAAAGCCACCGGGAACGUUGAAUUCUGGCUGUCAAGGGUAGAAAAAGAGAUGGUAAAUACACUACGAACUCUCAUGUCAAUAGCCAUCGAAGAUUACAACACAACUUCUAGAGAAGAAUGGGUGUUAUUACAUGCUGACCAGGUUAAAAUUUGA